UGGUUCUGUCUUGGAGUCUUCCCACUGAGAGGAAGACGAAGUUUCGCACCAGUUUUUGUGUGUGUGUGUGUGUGUGUGUGUGUGUGUGUGUGCCUCCAAUCCAGCGGAGGGUUCAAUAGCAGCAGCGCGGCAGGGGAGGGACGCACCGCCAGCACUCAGGAUACCCACUCUCUAACACACGCUCACACACACACACACUCUCUCACAGACGCAAACACACACUCCUGCGCACCACGGACCAGUUAAAAUCCGCAAGAAAACUGCGAACGCGCACCAGAGCAGUCGCCUAAUCCGAUUGAUAGGCACCAACAAUAGAAGUGAAAAACCAGGGGGGAACUACUGGACGCUGCAGAGGACAACUUGUGUUUUGGUUUUUCUUCUUCUUUCCAGUCGCUUUAUUUGAAGGCACUUAGAGAGAGAGAGAGAGAGAGAGAGAGAGAAAUCCUUGAGAUAUCAGACUUGGUUUAAGAACAAGAAGCGCCAUCCUCCAGACGACUUCGCCGUUUCACAAUCCGAAAGAAUGAGGCAUUGUAGCGGUUGGAGCGUGGUGGUGCUGCUGGUGCUUUCGGGGCUGGGAGCCGGGGCCCAGAAGCUGCCCACGAGAGACGAAGGGCUCUUCCAGAUGCAGAUCAGGGACAAGACGCUGUUCCACGACUCCUCCGUCAUCCCGGACGGAGCUGAGAUCAGUGGCUACCUCUUCAGGGACACGCCUAAAAGGUACUACUUUGUGGUGGAGGAAGACAACACACCCCUGUCUGUGACCGUGACACCUUGUGACGCUCCUCUGGAGUGGAAGCUCACCCUGCAGGAGCUGCCAGAGGAGGCCAGCGGGGAGGGAUCAGGAGAGCCUGAACCCCUGGACCAGCAGAAGCUGCAGGUGACAGUGGACGAGGGGACGGAGCUCUUCACCUACAAGGGUAACGAUGUGGAGUCCUAUGUGGCCACCAGCACGCCCUCCGGCCUCUACCAGCUGGAGCUGCUGUCCACAGAGAAAGACAGCAACUUCAAGGUGUACGCCACCACCACUCCAGAGUCGGACCAGCCGUACCCGGAGCUGCCCUACGACCCUCGUGUGGAUGUGACCGCCCUGGGCCGUACCACGGUCACCCUGGCCUGGAAGCCCACACCCACAGGCUCUCUGAUGGGCCAGCCCGUCCAGUAUUGUGUCGUGAUCAACAAGGAGCACAACUUCAAGAGCAUGUGUGCCGCCGAAGCUAAGAUCAGCUCCGACGAUGCCUUCAUGCUGGCUCCAAAGCCUGGCAGAGACUUUAGCCCGUUUGACUUUAUGCACUUUGGCUUUGUUCCCUCUGACAAGGGUUACGGCAAGGACCGAGGACUGACGAGUAACAAAAUCUCUCGGGCAUACACAGCAAAGCCCAAAACAUCAGACAUUCAGAAGUUGUGCAUUGGCAAUAAAAAUAUUUUCACUGUGUCAGAGCUGAAACCGGACACACAGUACUACUUUGAUGUGUUUGCUGUGAAUUCCGCCACCAACACCAGCACAGCAUACGUGGGAACUUUCGCCCGCACCAAAGAGGAGGCUCGUCAGAAGACGGUGGAACUCAAAGACGGCAAAGUAUCGGAUGUUUUCAUCAAGAGAAAGGGCAGCAAGUUCCUGCGUUUUGCCCCCGUGUCUUCCCAUCAGAGGGUCACCCUCUUUGUCCACACGUGUCUGGACGCCGUGCAGGUGCAGGUGAGGCGCGAUGGUAAACUGCUGCUCUCCCAGAACGUGGAGGGGGUGCGGCAGUUCCAAUUGCGGGGAAAGCCAAAGGCCAAGUACCUGAUCCGUUUGCGCGGCAGCAGGAAGGGAGCCUCCACUCUGAAGGUCCUGGCCACCACACGGCCCAGCAGCAAGCAGCCCUUCCCUUCACUUCCAGAGGAUACUCGCAUCAAGGCCUUUGACAAGCUGCGCAGCUGCUCCUCCGUGACCGUGGCCUGGCUGGGCACGCAGGACCGCAACAAAUACUGCAUUUACCGCAAGGAGGUGGCUGAUAAUUACGGCGAGGAGCAGAGACGGCGGGAACAGAACCAGUGUGCCGGGCCAGAGACCCGCAGGAAGUCGGAGAAGGUCCUGUGCAAGUACUUCCACAGCCCCAACCUGCAGAAGGCUGUGACCACAGAGACCGUCACGGGUAUGGAGCCAGGCAAGACGUACCUGCUGGACGUUUACGUGGUGGGACACAGUGGUCACUCAGUGAAAUACCAGAGCAAACUGGUGAAAACAAGGAAAUACUGCUAAAUGACUCUGCAAAGAAUAAAUCUAUUAUAAAUAUAUAUAUUAAAUAAGUUUAUUUAACUCUAAGUGAUAUUCUACUAAGGAGUGUAUACAGACUGACUACUCACACAGCUGAUGGGCCUGUGGCGGUGACUGAACUGUUUGUAGAGAGAGAUAUCAACCUGUAUAUUUAUGUUUACAUUUCAUCGCGGCAUGUCUGGGCGGCCCAUAGUGUGAGCUGCUUUGUUGCCAGGCCUGUCGUCUUGACAUCGUGUUGCCACUGGGGAGGCAGAACUUCAAGGAGGAUAAUCGUUCACGCUGUAUGUUUCUCUGUUGCUGCAUGACACCUUGCUUUCGUCCGUCGCAUUUGUAUGUUCCUUCAGUUUCAAAUCACGUCGGCCAGAGGAGAUACAGUCGCUGCCUGUACUGUGUAAAUCUCUCACUGCAUAUCCACUACAUGUUUUAGAAAAGAAUUUAAAUUAUUUUAUACUUUUUUGUCUCUCUUUUCGAUCGUCUGCUUUUUGUUGAUGACAAUAAUAACUGUUACCAGGAAAUUCCAGUUCUAUGAGGAGGUUGUCGUAGUUCAGACAUUCCCUUAUGUAUCUCAGCCAGUGUUUGCCCUAGAGCCCAUCUUGUAAAUGUGUUCUGUGCUGGAGAUCUGUGUUAUUAUCACUGUAUCCCUGUGUGUGUGUCACAUGUACAGAGUUGUCCUGCCAAUAUUCAUGUACAUAAAACACUAAAUAUAGAACAAGUAAUCCCCGUGUCACCCUGGGUGUCAUGUUCUUUUGCCAAGCAGUUAACAUCACAAUCGUGGCUCUGAGAUGAAAGACGACACUGCACUAAUAUAGACUCCGAUAUCUAUAUUAGGGCUGCAUAUAAGCAGGAGUGGUGUGAUUUGACUUGAUCCCUAAAAAACGAUUUGUGCUGUGAAAAGAACAACAGAGGACAAAUUAUUCGCUUUUUAUACUUCAUGGCGCAGUCAUUAGCAGUCAAGUGUCUCGGUGAUGUAAAUCCUUAUACAUGUACAUCAAUAAAUCAGUGCAUGUCAGAAUUCUUUUUAGUGCAUUUCUUAGUCUCUGCCAGAGAACAAUUACAAUUUUUGUGGUGAGGAUUUUUUUUUUCCUUCUAAGAAGUGCUCAUAGACAAGAAACUUAGAAUAUGCACAUUUGAGAGUUUAGUCCAUCUGGUUCACAUGGUCCCUCUUGUAAUCUUUGUUUUUGUAUUCAAACAGUCACUAGUAGUUACAGUAUGUUAUGUUGCUGCUAUGAUCUCCUUGGUGAAAUAUAAAUGUUGCCACACAGGA